CGGACGCCAAGCAAGGCCCAGUCCGGAUGAAGAGGGCCGCCGCACCUCCAUCACCUCCUGGCCCCACUGCGGAACCUACUGCGGAGGCGGGGGCCGGGGGCAGAGGCGGCUCUACAGCGCCCCUUCGAGGCUAGGGCCCUCCGCAGCUAGCCGGGCUGCGGUUCCCCUCCACCCCUUCUAAGCUCCUCCACCUUUUCUGCAGCCCCGCCCACGUGGGUAGCCACGAUUGCGCCUGCGCCAAUUCUGCCUCUCCCUAGCCUAUCAACCAACAGGAUGUUAAUAGGUUUCCCAUAGUGCCUCGCGAGUGGAGGGGUUUGAUUGCACGCUCCGGAGGGUUGAAUACAGGUUCAGAUUGUCUUUGUUGGGGUUCUCCUGUUGGGCCUGGGUGCACAGCGAGAUUGCGGCUUGGUUACUACCUGCUCCGGCGGGUGCAAUGCCGCUUCUUCGGGGUGUGUGGGGCGUGCUGAGUGCCCUGGGAAAGUCGGGAGCGGAUCUCUGCGCGGACUGUGGGAGCCGACUGCGCUCCCCUUUCAGUUUUGUGUAUAUACCGAGAUGGUUUUCAUCCACCUUGAGAAGUUAUCCAAAGAAGCCUAUGACUUCAUAUGUUCGCUUUUCUAAAGAACAGCUACCCAUAUUUAAAGCUCAGAACCCAGGUGCGAGAAAUUCAGAACUGAUUAAAAAAAUCGCAGAGCUAUGGAGGGAACUUCCUGAUUCACAGAAAAAAGUAUAUGAAGAUGCUUACAAGGCAGACUGGCAGGCAUACAAACAAGAGCUAAUCAGAAUUGAAGAAGAGCUAACUCCAAGUCAGAGGGUAACUUUAGAAAAAGAAAUGAUGCAAAAACGUUUAAAAAAGAAAUCGAUAAUAAAAAAGAGAGAGUUAACACUGCUUGGAAAACCGAAAAGACCUCGCUCAGCUUAUAACAUUUUUAUAUCUGAACGCUUCCAAGAAGCUAAGGAUGGUACCUCGCAGUUAAGGCUGAAGGCUGUAAAUGAAAGCUGGAAAAAUCUUACUAGUUCUCAAAAGCAAGUAUAUAUUCAACUUGCCGAAGAUGAUAAAGUUCGUUAUUUUAAUGAAAUCAAAUCUUGGGAAGCACAGAUGGUUGAAGUUGGACGUGAAGAUCUUCUUCGUCGCAAAGUGAAGCCCCCAGCAAAAAGCGCUGAGGAGUGUAAAUAGAAGACUGAGUUAUGGUCGUACUGGGUAGACACAAGAAACCAAUUAGGUGUCCAUGUCUGAAAUUCUUAGAAAAUUAGAAGGAUAAAGUUGGUAAACAUUUUAUACUUAAUUCCUUUUUCUUUAUGCCAUGGACUUCUGCCAGUCCAAUACAUUUUGUAUUGGUAUCUUACUUUGGAAAACUGAAACAUACAAAAGUUCGUGUGAAGUUUAUUUUGUGUUUAGAAACUGCAAAGGAUCGAAAUAAUCCAUGAAGUGUAUCAGUAACCAUUUUACCUUUGAUAAAGGUGACUCAGACUGUGAAGGUUUUUUAUAAUACUUGAUGACUGUGGGAAGGAUAUUCUUGUCUCCUUAUAUUAUGGAGGCAGGGUUUCCUAUUCAGGAGUGUCCCAAACUGUAGAGCCAUCGUGUUCUAUGAUGAAUAGUGCAUUUUUUUAAAGAGCACUCAGAACUCAUUUAGGUAAAUUCUAAUUCGUAGGUAUAAUUUACAUGCAGGGCUAAUGGUUGUACAGGCAAGGACUUGCUGGGUUCAGUUGCAGCUUUUUGUACAAGAGUUGGAGAGAUUUGUAAACCUUUUCCUCAUUUUCUGUUUUCCUAAAGUAAAAACUAAGACAUUAUGUUCUAAAUCUGUGCAUAUUUUAUAUUGCAUAGAAUUAAAUUUUUGUUUCCUAAUUACAUGUUAAAGGUGAAACAUUUGUUUUACAGCUUUUUUUUUUCUUUUUAAGUAGAGAUAUAUAUUCUGAAUUAUUUUUUCUCUCAUGUGACUAUUUAUCCAGAAAGUAGAGAACUUGUCUGAUAAAUUUUAAAAUGAGAAAUCCAAAAACAAGUCUCCAAAGUCUCUGGACUUGGAACCUAUUGUUCUAAAACAUUUUAUAGGACAUAAAAGACAUACAAGUGACAGCCAACUCUGGCCCGUGGGCCCAGUUCCUCCCACUGCCUGCUUUUCAUGGCCUGUGAGCUCAGAAUUUUGUUUACAAUUUUAAAUGGUUAAAAACAUAUUUUAAGACAUGAAAAUUAACAUGAAAGUCAAUGUUUAUAAAUAAAGUCCUAUUGGAAUACAGCCAUGCUCAUUCAUUUAUUUUUCAUUUAUGGCUGCUUUUGUGCACCAGGGACAGAGUAGAAUAAUUGCUUCAGAGACUAUGGAGUCUUCAAAAUCUAAAACGUUUACUGUGUGACCCUUUAUAGCAAUAGUUUGCCAACCCAGGGCCUGCAGUAGAGUGUGGGUGACAAGCGUUCCAGUCCAUCGAUGGUUGGGAUAGGUGUUCUGAUGGACUCAGAGGUUCUUAUUUUAGAAUUUGUCAGCGUUGUUUUUAAGAGGAAAGAGGUCAAAUCACAAAAGCUAAACUUGUCCCAUAGUGUUAACACGCAAGAAAAAUAAUCUUGUUUCAAAUUAUGUUGCAUCAUAAGAGUUCCAUCUGGUGUGGAAUGAGAAUCUCUUAAAUUAUCUGCUAUGCCUUCAUAAAAUGAACCUUAAGAGUUUUCCAGUUAGCACAUACAGCAAAAACCUUACCAUCUUUUAGCAUUUGUUUAUCCUCUUAAGAGAGUUAAGCAAAAGUUUUCAGAACUCACCACCUUUUUGAUCAAAAUAAUUCAUCUUUCAUCAUCAGUUCAUAGUAAUAGGGUAACUCAAAAUUUACAUGUACUCUGUGUUGCACAAACUAUUGAGGAGUUCUCAAUUCUAGAUCUCCAGAAAAAUUUGAAGAAUUUUGUUGUUUGUGGAUAGAAAAUAAGUGAAAAGUCAUGCCUUGUUCUAUACUGAAGUUGACAAAGGUGUGGACUAUGGAUUAAAGAGAAAAGUGAAACAUAAUAGGAAGCUUAAAAUUGAAGUUGGGUGUUUUCAAACAAGUUCCUCCUGUGGUUAUGAAUAUGGGACAAAGUCUGCUGUUAGAUAGACCCCGUGAGGAGAGGGGUUGGGGGAGAAGAGGCGUGCUGGUGUCUGUCACAGUCGUCCUUAACUGGGUUUCUGGGAGAAGUUAAGCUCUAAUUCCAUGUGGCAUUUAGAAUGGUACUGAUUGUGUACUGUACUUAGGAGAAUGGAGAAAAUCAUUCAAGUCAUUUAUGGUGUUCUGUGUAUCAGGUGAGCCCAGGGAGCACACAGGAGUCAGUAUGUGUAAUAUUAUAGGAUGGGUAAGGUUGAGAAAGGAGUUUUGUAGACAUCUGGAAGUCAAGUGAUGUAUAAAACACAUAUUUAAAAUUACCUUCUUUCAAUCUCUUAGCAUUCAACUACAUAAACUAUUUCAUACAGAAUACAUUCAAAUCAUAUUUUCCCAAUUAUAUUAGGAAGUUCAGUGUCUAGUAAGCUCUCAAGUACAUAGGAGAAAAAAAGUAUGGAAUAGUGUCUUGACUGGUGUGGUACAGUUGGGCAGCAUCCCACAAAGUGAAAGGUCACUGACUCGAUUCCUGGUCGGGGCACAUGCCUGGGUUGUGGGUUCAGGGUACCUGUGGCACCUUAUUGUUUUCCAUAUCAACGUUUCUCUCCCUCUCUCUCUUCCCCUCUACUGCCCCAAAAGUGUGAAACAGUGAAAAGAGCUAAAGCAGAACCAUUUUAUGAUACCAUUUUUUAUUUGGUUUCCCUUUUUCCUAAAUGAAUGUCAUUAUUAGUGCUUUAAAUAUUAUGAAAAUCUGAUUCCACACCUUAGUAAACUUCAGUACAUGUUGAAGAUUGGUAUGCCAUGUAGCAAACACCUUCCAGUUUAACAAUAUUAGCAAAUUUUCUUUUUUAAAAAAUUUUUAUCGAUCUUAGAGAAAGGGGGAGAGGCAGAAAGAAAUUGACUUGUUCCACUCAUUUAUGCAUUCAUUGGCUGGCUGAUUCUUGUAUGUGUUCUGACUGGGGAUUGAACCCGAAACCUUGGCAUAUCUGGAUGAUGCUCUGAGUUACCUGACCAGGGCUAAACUCUUGUAAAGAAUAAGAACUUAUGUCAAUAAUCAGUAGCAACUCAUAUAAAUUUAGCCUUUCUUUUUAGACUAGGUUGACCUAACAAAGUAAUUUCUUUAGGACAAAUUAACAAAUUAGUAGUUUGUUACUAAUUAAUUACUAGUAAAUAAUUUAGCUGUAGGAGCUAAAGAACAGUGCUAGCUGGAAAGAUGCUGAAGAAACGAAGCAAAGCUGUGCUUAUGCUGUUCUGAGCAUGUGUUCAGAGUCAGAUUUCUGUACUUUUGUUCACUGGCGUACCAGUGUUAGGUUUGAAAUAAUUAGAUGACUGAAGAGGGUUGUGUGAUAAUUCUACUUUCUGAUGUUUAUUUAAAGGAUAUUGGCCCUGGCUGGUAUAGCUCAGUGGAUUGAGUGAGGGCCUUCGAAGCAAAGGGUCACAGGUUCAGUUCCCCAUCAGGGCACAUGCCUGGGUUUUGGGUCAGGUCCCCAGUAGGGAGAGUGCAAGAGGCUACCAUACAUUGGUGUUUCUCACCCUCUGUUGCUCCUUCCGUUCCCCUCUCUCUAAAAAUAAAAUAAAAUCUUAAAAAAAAAUAAAGGAUAUUGUGUGAAGAUUCAGCCUGCUGUAAUCAUGUAAUUUUGCUAUUGCUUUUGGCUAACUCCUUUCUUGAAGAUGCCAUUUUUUAAAAACGAGGUGUAUAUUUUUAUAGAUCCUAUGAAUGUGUGUAUUUAAAUUUCUGAAUUAAAAUAAACUGAUUUAAAGUA